AUGGGAAACAGCUCAUCAUCUUCCGGUCGUGGUCAUCAUGAUGAUACUGUAGACUUUGGCCAUCUUUCGCCCCAGGGUGUUUACACAGGUCCCAGAGAUUGGAACCAAGCUGUCGUCUCCCAACUCAUUUGCGCUCGACGACUGGCACCCUUUUACCGUCCACUAGAGGACUACGAUGAAUCGUGGGAUGACGACCAGAUACUUGCUGCUAGGAAAGAACUACCGGACCCCGAGAAUGCGGACCAAAUGACACGAAUUGAAGCCGCGCCCAGCUCGAAUGGACCCAAGACAAGCAGCAAACGACCGAGCACGCUCAAGGAACCAGCGCGUCCUGAGGCAUCCGUUUACAGAGGUGCUGUUGAAUGUCCUAUUUGCUUUCUUUACUAUCCCCCAAACAUCAAUCAUUCCCGCUGCUGUGACCAUCCAAUUUGCACCGAAUGCUUUGUACAGAUAAAGCGGAGCGAACCGACUACUACCCAUCUAGUUUCUGACCCUGCUGCUUGCCCUUACUGCGUCCAGGAGCAUUUUGGCGUAGUGUAUACCCCGCCUCCAUGGCGGACAGGUAUUGGAAGUGACGGGGCGAUCUCACCAUGGUCAUCCGACUCACCUAAAGGCUCUCAGCCGUCGAUACCAACAGCGGGUUACCCAACUCAUAAACGCCGACAGAAGAGUUUCAGUGCGGAUAGUCCAGAGGUUGUGACGAUUGAUCAAAUUCGGCCUGACUGGGAGGCCAAGUUAGCCGCCGUGAGAGCAGCUGUUACUCGUCGCGCAAACAGGCGGAUAAUUAUGCGACAAGUAGGCGAUCGCCUUAUUCCUGUUGGUGUAACGAGCGGUCGUGUGCAUGCCCUAAGUCCAGAGGAAGCUGCUGCUGCUGCUGAGAACCAAGACACAGGUGGGAGCAGGCGAUCUCGUAGACGACAACAAGCUUCCGCGAAUCAGGGUUUCGAGCAGUACAUAGGUUUGGGUGGCCAGGACUUGGAGGAGCUCAUGGUCAUGGAGGCAAUGCGUUUAUCGCUACUGGAGCACGAAGAGCAGCAGCGGAAAGAAGCAGAAGAGAAGAGGAAGGCCGCGAAUGCCAGCGAUCCCGAAGCAGCAGCAGCAACUACUACAGAGUCUUCUGGCGCAGGAUCUUCGGCACUUGAAGUACCCCCGUCAGACCGAACUUCCGGUUCACUUACCUCUACGCCUUCGACAUCUCUUACGCCGCCGUCUCCUGCUGGUACAGAAUAUUCUCCAAGUAAACGCAGGUCAUUUAUACCCUCCAGAAGUCGCACUCCAUCACCACCGACUGAUUUAUCAUGGCGGAAACAAUCUCCUAAUCCCGCUCCUUUCAGUACAUUAAAUGCCGCUCUAAGCGCUACUUCCACUGCAAGUGCCGUCCUUAAUGCCAGUCAUGAUCCCUCUAGUACGAACGCUACGAUUAACGAACCACAAACGUCUUACAAUCCAACUCAUGAUAUUCCUGCAAUAACGAUUGGUAUUCCACCGGAAUCUGAGCCUACAAAUUGGGGGGGUCAACAGAGUAAACGUCCACCACCUAUUCAUACGAAUUCUCAGCCGUCCUCUGUGCAUUCUGCAGAUUCUCAGACGGCACCAGGGUCAUCAUAUGACAAUUUACCGUCGUCGCCGGAAUCUAUGACACAAGAACCUUUAUUAAGCGAGAGCGAGGCAGUUGCAUAUUCGCGGCCGCGGACGCCGACAGGAGACGAGAGCAGAGAUGAAGGGUGA